GGAAAAGUGUGAAGAGAAAUGGGACCACCUCGUGUUACCGAGAAUCGUGGAGUGGGAGUAGCAAGAGGUCAGAGCACUCGAGUCGCCUCGUCCGCCGGUACCUGGUUGUCGGAGGGGGCACGAGAAACGAGAUUUUCCCUCCUGGAGCCGUUAAAUCAGUGAUGAUUAUAUUCAUCGCUGCAUGUCUUUCGACUCGCUAGUUGACGCGAGACUCGGUAACAGCAACAGCUCGACUUCGCUUCCUUACAUACGCGUAAUAACACGAUCGAGUGCAACGAGCGUUCUAACGAGGUUGUAUUGUUUAUUGGGAAAACUACUGGUGAUAGCCAGCCAGGCUUAUUGAGAGCGUAUUACGUAUUUGGUUGUAUCGUUUUCGAGUAGUGCGACGGCAGUUUCUCUUUUACCAACGAAAAUGAAUGACAUGUUGGAGAAAGACCUUGAGGAGUACGAUCCGGAACUUUAUCGGAUUAUUGCUCAGGAGAGCGAGAGGCAGAGAUUGGGCCUUGAGUUGAUAGCCAGUGAGAAUUUCACCUCUCGAAGCGUCCUCCAGUGCCUAGGCUCUUGCUUGCACAAUAAGUAUAGCGAAGGUCUGCCAGGGAAAAGGUAUUAUGGAGGUAACGAGUAUAUCGAUGAGAUUGAGAUACUGGCUCAGAGGAGAUGCUUGGAAGCCUUUGGUUUGAGCCCUAGCGAGUGGGGGUGUAACGUUCAACCGUACUCUGGGAGUCCAGCAAAUUUUGCAGUUUAUACUGGCCUCUUGGAGCCACAUGGUCGCAUUAUGGGCUUGGAUCUUCCCGAUGGUGGCCACUUGACCCAUGGCUUUUUCACAAAUAACAAGAAGAUCUCUGCCACGUCGAUUUUCUUCGAAUCCAUGCCUUAUAAGGUUAACCCGGACACCGGUCUCAUCGAUUACGAUCAGCUUUCUUACGAUGCCAAGCUGUUUAAGCCUAAAAUCAUUAUCGCUGGUGUCUCCUGCUACAGUAGAUGUUUGGAUUAUAAGAAAUUUAGAGAGAUAGCGGAUGAGAAUAAUGCUUAUCUCUUCAGUGAUAUGGCACAUAUAGCUGGCUUAGUCGCAGCUGGUAUUAUACCAUCACCGUUUAAGUACAGCGAUGUGGUAUCGACGACCACUCAUAAGACACUGAGAGGGCCGCGUGCUGGAGUAAUAUUUUAUCGGAAAGGGAUAAGAGAUAUUAGGAAAAAUGGAGAAACGGUAAUGUACGAUUUAGAGGACAAAAUUAACCAAGCAGUUUUUCCAGGCUUGCAAGGUGGUCCUCACAACCAUGCCAUUGCUGGAAUAGCCGUCGCUAUGAAGCAAGCUACCACACAUAAUUUUUUUAAGUAUCAAGAGCAAGUGGUGGCCAAUGCGAAGAGACUGUGUAGUCAGCUACAGAACUUGGGUUACAAAAUCAGCACAGAUGGUACCGAUCUGCAUAUGCUGCUGGUUGACCUGCGUUCUAAUAAUCUUACGGGAUCUAAGGCUGAGAAAGUUUUGGAAACAAUUUCCAUAGCGUGCAAUAAAAAUACAGUCCCGGGUGAUAAGAGCGCUCUUAAUCCUCAUGGUUUGAGACUUGGUACACCAGCAUUAACAACACGAGGUUUAAAAGAAGAAGACUUUGAUCGAGUUGCUAUCUACAUUCAUAAAGGGUUACAGUUGGCAAAUGAGAUAACAUUAAAAUCUGGACCAAAGCUUGUAGAUUUUAAUAAUGUCUUAAAAAGCGAUGCUACGAUUCAACAAAAAGUAAACGAUUUAAAAGAGGAAGUGGAAAAUUUUGCAGGCAAAUUUCCUCUACCUGGACUUUUUUAAAGGAUAUUUUAUAAUAUACAUUAAUCCACAAUUUAUCUAUUUU